UCGUAGCAUUGAUCGUGUAAACAGUGAAUACUUUGUCCAUUUGAACAGAGAGAGAGGUACGGCCUGUAUCUAUCUGUUAAAAUUCAUUCCAUUCCAUUCGUCUUAAAAUGCUAUGCUGUCAGUCCAACUUGUAUCUCCACCUAAAUUUUCAAUCAGCCGAGCCGAGAUGGUAGAAUAUGGGUAAGACAACCAGGUGGAUCCGGUCACUUUUCCGGCCCAAAAAGAACCCGUCAUCUUCAACCGGGUCGGGUUCUGUACGGCAAUAUAAACAUCAUGGGUCAUCAACAACAACAUUGCUUGAUUCUUCACACCCUGAGCCGUUGGAUGCUAACAAGCACGCGAUAGCAGUGGCGGCUGCUACGGCUGCGGUGGCCGAGGCGGCGCUUGCGGCGGCCCAUGCGGCGGCGGAGGUGGUGAGGUUGACAGCUGGCAGUGGGAGCAGAGUGUUUCAUGACGUGGAGCGCCGGAGGAUGUCGGCGGCUGUGAAGAUACAGUCCGGUUUCCGGGCGUACUUGGCUAGGAGAGCACUAAGGGCUCUUAAAGCAUUGGUAAAGCUUCAGGCACUCGUGAGAGGCCGCAUUGUGAGAAAACAAAGUGCCGACAUGCUUAGGCGUAUGCAGGCCCUGGCACGAGUCCAGGCCCGAGUCUGUGCUACUCGAGCUUCAAUUUCGGCCUCACCGCGUUCAAGCACCCGCUCUCCAAACUCACACACUCAACCCAAAUCUAAAAGUGCCAAAGGCGUUUUCAUCGACAGACGGUUAAACGGCCUGAAUUGGUUAGAAAAUUGGAUGGAGGAUACGUCUCGGAGCAGUAAACAAUGCCGGGCCGAUGAUGAAAGAAGUGACAAGAUUCUUGAAGUCGAUACGUGGAAGCCUCGUCUUCACCCAAGCCCAAGUAACACGUCGACCCAUGGCUCACCAUGGAACCCGGUUUCCAGACACAUGUCCCGGGAAGUGCUGCCAUUGGGUUCAAUGAUCCACCGAGAAGCAGAAAGUACAGUAUCAACGGCUGAUAACACCCCACGGGUUCCUUCCCCUGCUUCUAAGCCCGGAAGUAGCUAUAAAAGAAGCCCUUUUACUGAAUGCUCACGAAGUGUAUUUGGUGACUACCCGAGUUAUCCAAACUACAUGGCUAACACGGAAUCAUCACAAGCUAAACUGCGGUCCCACAGCGCUCCAAGACAAAGGAUUCCGUUUGAAAAAUCGCGCUCUACUAGGCGACGCUGGGAUUAUUCAGAUACGGUCUCAGAGAGAGGAUUUCGAAGCUAGAUGUGAUGGCGAUUUGGACUCUAAAGCUAGUUAUUGAAUUGCAUAAAUGAUGUUUAUUUCGUUGAUUGGGUUGUUGAUUUGACUAUAAUAUGUAUUUAUCCUUUGUGCCAUUUAAACUCGGUGUGGUUUUAUAAGUUGUCACCACAUUGGCACAUUUGAUGGUAUGGUUUUGUAAGUUGUCACCUACAUUCUGUCGGAAAA